AUGCGCCAAGUCAUUGGGAUUGCCGAUACCGCCGCCCUCACGACUCUCAUCAUUCACUGGAAUCUUUGCAUGGGGACCAUUGCUUCAUACUCCGCGGACCGGCCAGAUCUUAUGCUCAUCCUAGAGGAACUUCAAAGUUUUGACGCCGUAGGUGAGUUCAUGCUGACGGAAGUCGGCCACGGCCUCGAUGCCCGGAGCCUCGAGACGACCGCCACUCAGCUGCAGGACGGGUCAUUCGACCUGCACACGCUGAAGGUGACAGCAGCAAAUGCAAUGCCGCCAGCAACUCCGUAUUCCAGCAUGCCUCGCAUCGCCGUCGUAUUCGCUCGACUCGUGGUUGGCGGCGAGCAGCGAGGCAUCCAACCGUGCGUCGUGCGCCUCCACGACGCCACCACGAUGGCACCAGGCAUCACCUCUCGCCUGCUUCUUUCCAGACCCGGCGCCAAGGUCGUCGAUCAUACCGUCACCACCUUCACGCACGUGCGCCUUGACGCUUCCGCCUCCUCGGCGGCAGCCUUGACGCUCCGCAAGACGAGCGCCGGGGGUUCUUGGACCACAUCCACCGCGUCACCGUCGGCACCCUGUCCAUGUCCCUCCUUCACAUCCCGGGACUUCGCGUCAGCGCCUACGUGUUGGGUCGAUACAGCCAGCGGCGCUCUCACCUGCGCCUCUGUGUUCGACGCCUUUGCGACAGCCACGAUAGCUGAAUUCAUGGAGGCCUCCUCGCAGCAGGUCCGCUCCGCGCUGGCUACUAUAUUCAAGCAGACCGUCACUCACACCACCAAGCCGCUCUAUACCGAGAUGGUCGAGAGAUGUGGCUGGCAGGGGCUGUACAAUCACAAUCAACUUCAAGAGCUGGCAUUAGCAGUGCAAGGGACUUCGAUAGCAGAAGGGGAUAUUCUGGUUCUCUGCAUACGACUUGCAUCAGAAGUACUCCUUGGACGGUACAACCUUCCCGAAGCCAAGGACCCUACUAGUCUCUUGGCCCAGCAUGAGCUCGGUAUAUGUGAAGAGGCCCGCCAGCUCGCCAUGGCAGCGAUGACAAGCCAAGGAAGCAAUCGAAAUGAGGAGUUCAACACGAUGAUCCUCCCUCGCGUUCGAAAGCUAGUCCUCGCGACCGGGCAAAGAGCAGCCUACGAAGCAGCAGUCGCUUCGGGCACGAUGAUGCCGGCAAUGCUGGGGCUUUAUGAAGCAAGUUGCAUCCUGGAGGAUCCCAGCUGGUACGUCAAGAAGGCGGGACUCGCGUCUGCAGAUGUAUACAGACGCCACGCUGAAGCCGUACACGAACUGUUGCCGAGUCUGGACGCGCUUCUACAGAACACCGGGGGCGAAUCUUGGGCAACCGCUCCUAUACUCGAGGAAGCAAGUUGGUUGGAUUUUAUCCAGCGUCUUCCGACCUUCCGCAGUGAAGACAAGACCAAUGCCCAGGGGAAGAGAGCAGCUGGGCAAGGCGAGAUCAAGUGGCGCUUAUAA